UCCCGCCCCCAAGAUGGCGGCGCCCAGCGCACGAGUCCUCCACCGCCUUCUGCUCGGUCUCGGGUUUCGGUCUUGACCGGGAUUGCGGGAACCAUGGACGGGCCGGGGUUCACUGCCUCGCUGGUGGCUGGAGGAGUAGCAGGUACCUCAGUUGACUUGAUACUAUUUCCUCUGGAUACCAUUAAAACCAGGCUUCAGAGUCCUCAGGGAUUCAAUAAGGCUGGUGGCUUUCGUGGGAUAUAUGCUGGUGUCCCUUCUACUGCUAUUGGAUCCUUUCCUAAUGCUGCUGCAUUUUUCCUCACAUAUGAAUAUGUGAAGUGGUUUUUGCAUACUGAUUCAGCUUCCUGUUUCAUGCCUGUGAAGCAUAUGUUGGCUGCCUCUGCUGGAGAAGUGGUUGCCUGCCUGAUUAGAGUCCCUUCUGAAGUGGUCAAGCAGAGGGCACAGGUCUCAGCUUCGUCAAGGACAUCACAGGUUUUCUCUAACAUCUUGUAUGAAGAGGGUAUCCAGGGAUUGUACCGAGGCUAUAAAAGCACAGUUUUAAGAGAGAUUCCUUUCUCUUUGGUCCAGUUUCCCUUGUGGGAGUCCUUAAAAGCCCUCUGGUCCUGGCGGCAGGAUCGUGUGGUGGAUUCUUGGCAGUCAGCAGUCUGUGGAGCUUUUGCAGGUGGCUUUGCAGCUGUUGUCACCACCCCUCUGGAUGUGGCAAAGACAAGAAUUAUGCUGGCAAAGGCUGGCUCCAGUGCUGCUAGUGGGAACGUGCUCUCUGCACUGCAUGGAGUCUGGCGGACAGAGGGACUGACAGGAUUAUUUGCAGGUGUCUUCCCGCGAAUGGCAGCCAUCAGCCUGGGAGGUUUCAUCUUUCUGGGUGUUUAUGACCAGACCCGCAGCUUGCUGUUACAAGUGAGCAGAAAGAGCCCGUGACGCAGGGGUAUAGCUCGCAUGCUUCCGUGGAAAGGGUGUGCUGCAGACCUGCCUUUCGCUGAGUGGCUGUAAAGCCCAGUGCCGCUAAGACUGUGACACUGAACGAGUCAUCCACGGGGCCGUGUGGGGUUGUCAGCAGCCAACUAACUGCCAGAAUGAGGGAACAUGGCCAUGGCGGAGCCCUGAGACCCCUCCACCUCCUCAAUAAACACACACACUUGUUACUGCUGCGGCCAGUCCCUUCAGAGCUUUCUUUUGACCAGUAUGUGAUCUUCCAUUUCCUUUGGGGGAAAUCACUAGAAGGCAGAUGCUUUCACUGACGAGAAUGGCACAUUGUGCAUGUGGGUGUUUCUCCCCGGGGUUAGUUUCUCUUGUGUGAGCUGGCAGCUUGACUGGGGAACGAAUGACCUGUGGGUCGGUGCGUUGUGCACGUUCACGCUGCACGAAAGCCCCAACAGGGAACAGGUCACUUUGUCACUGUGGCUUUUGCGCCCUAGGUGUGACGUCAGUAACCAGCUCCAGCUAUUGAAAAAUGAGGUGACAUCUCAGGAAUCUAGCAGUGUUGUUUUAUGUCUGUCCUUUGUGUAAGUUCUUUGCAUUUUGUAAGGGAAGGGAGUCUCUAGAAUGAUUGAUAGGAAAAGGUAAUUAACACUUAUAAAUGAACCUUUAUUAAAGACACUUCAAUGCCAUUGUUAGACACUUCAAUAUUUUACAUGUUUCUCAAUGUACAUUGUACCAAAAUUUCUAUAAAUAAAUAACUUUGUACAUAAAAGUAA